GAGAGAGGACUUCUCCCUCACUGAGAAGAAGAGGAGGAGGAGGAGGAGGAGGAGCUGCUGCAGUUUCAGGAUGGAGCGAGCUCACAGCCUCCUGCUGAACGAGGAGGUGUGCAAUCAGCUGGGUGAACAUCAGAGGGCGGAGUUUAUCUUCGAGUGGCUGAACCACCUGAAGAAACUCCUCCCAUCCACAGACAGGGUCGACAUCAAACACAACCAGCGGCGCCUGGUCGACCAGCUGUCGACCGUUCUGAUUGGCUCCCCCGGCCCUCCGACCCGCUGGCUGCUGGCCCACUGCUUGGCUCUGCUCUACCGCCUGGGAGACCCGGUACCUUCCAGUUUAUUGGUGGAGAGGUGCAAUGACAUCAUCCGCAGCAAAGACGACUCUCCGUCAGGCCUCCCCACCCGGCUGGCAGCCGUCGCGUGUCUCGGCGCUCUGUACGAGCAGCUCGGCCGGAUGCUCGGCGGCUCCUUCAGAGACACUCUGACCAACCUGCUGAAGGCCAUGAAGAGCGCGGAGUCUCAGGGUCGCUAUGAGAUCAUGUUGAGUGUGGAGAAGAUCCUGCGAGGUUUAGGCGUCAGCGCUGUGCCGUGUCACCGUGACGUCUACAAGGCGGCGAGGACCUGUCUGACGGACCGAUCCAUGGCUGUGCGCUGCGCCGCCACUAAGUGUUUGCUGGAGCUGCAGAGGGAGGCGGUGUUCCUGUGGACCAGCGAGCUGGAGAACGUGGCCACUCUGUGCUUCAGAGCCUUCGAAGGAUCCAACUACAACGUCCGAGUGUCUGUGGCCAAACUGCUGGGAACUCUGCUGGCUGCUGCCGUGGAGCCCAGGCAGCCAACCGCAGCGCCGAGGCAGGGAGGGCGGGGUCGAAGCUCUCUGGAGGAGGUGAUGGAUUUGUUGACGGCGGGGUUCCUGCGGGGCGGGGCGGGCUUCCUCCGAGCCAGCGGAGACAUGUUGAAGGGGACGAGCUCCGUCAGCAAGGACAUCCGCAUCGGAGUCACACAGGCCUGCGUGGUCUUCGUCUCCACCCUGGGAGGCUCGUGGUUGGAGGCGAACCUCCCAGCCUUCCUGUCUCUGCUGAUGGAGCUGGCGUCCCACGGCCGAGCCACGCAAACGCCGGGCGACGCCGUGGUGACCCGCCGCUGCGUGUCCUUCGUCCUGAGGAGCACCCUGGGGUCUCUGCUGGGAGAGAAGGCUCAGACCAACGCCGCCAAACAGCUCUGCCUCGCCGUGGCCUCACAGAGACGAGCCAUCGGUGAGCGGGGGGGGGGAGUUUCGUCUGCAGACGUCUCAGCCAGGCAGCAUGUGUUGGUCUGCUGCCCUGAACUGGGAGGACUCAUUCAGGGACUGGGAUCCACUGCCGCCCCCCUCACUGACAGUAGCACAGCCCUCCUGGACACGGUGAUCUCCGUCCUCCUUCACCCCGCCUCCUCGGCCCGGAUGGCAGCCGCCUGGUGCCUGCGCUGCGUUGCCAUGGCGAUGCCGUCCCAGUGCUCCCUGCUGCUGGACCGCUGCGCCGAGCGGCUGGUGGCGCUGAAGUCCUCACCUGAAGCCGUGGCCGGGUACGGAGCCGCUGUCGCCGCCCUGGUGGCCUCAGUGCAGCACUGCCCCCUGGGAAUACCACACACCAAGGGCAAGGUGGUGCUGGGUCUGGCUGAAGACCUCCUCCGCUCCGCCUCCCAGAACAGUCGCAUCUCCCUGCAGAGGACUCAGGCCGGCUGGCUGCUCGUCUCCUCUCUCAUCACUCUGGGACCUGCCGUAGUGGAGCACCACCUCUCCCGCCUCCUCCUCCUGUGGCGGUGUGUGUUUCCUGCGUCACUGAGGGAGCAGGAGAUGGAGCUACGUCGAGGGGACUACUUCACGUGGCAGGUUACGCUGGAGGGACGAGCAGGGGCGCUCUGUGCGAUGAAGAACCUGCUGCUGCACUGCAGGGAGCUUGUCACUGAUGACAUCAUCAGCCGCCUGCUCACGCCGUUGGCCUGCGCUGUGGCCCUGCUCACCAAGUUGCCUGCUCUCCUCAGGUCGUACAGCAGUUCUGUUCGCAGCUGGUCGCUCGUCUACAGACUGAGAGUCUACGAGCUUCUCGCUCUGCUGCCUCCACACACCUACCAAGAGAGUUUUGGUCUGGUGAUGAACCAGCUGGUGACGGAUCUGUCCGGUCAGGACAACCUGAACCAGCCGUGCUCAGACCUCACCCUGCUGCCCCCCCUCUGUCACCACGACGACCUGCUGCUGGUCGGCCCCGCCCUCCACGACACGGACCACAGAUACAUCGAGGAACAGCUCCACGGCAGCAGUGUGGGGGGGGGCUCUCUGGACAACGACCCCUUCAGUCUGUGUGAGAGGAGUGAUGAAGCUCCCGCUCCUCUUCCUCCCCCCGUCGCUCUGACCGCCGCCGCCGUCCGUCUCUUUGGAGCUCUCUUCCCCCACAUCAUCUCCGCUCAGAGAGUGAAGAUCCUGGAGCAGUUUGUAGAAACCGUGAACCAGCUGAAGGGUCAACGGCAGCAGACCGUCCAGACACACGUCUGUGCUGCCCUCUGCAGUCUGCUCAAGAGCCAGGGCAGCGUUCGGGGCUUCCUGGGGCCAGAGGAGAUCCGUUCCCCGGCACUGUCCCUCCUGUCGGGGGCGCUGGAGAGCGUCAGUCCUCUGCUGCGCUGCCUGGCUGUUGAAGGUCUGGCCCGGCUGGUUCAGGUGGUCGGAGACCCCGGCUUCACCGUCUCCGUCUCCCUGCUCUGCUUCGACAGGCUGAAGACGGCUCGGGACGCAGCGUCUCGCAGUGGCUACGCUCUGGCUCUGGGGGCGCUGUACCGCUACACCGGAGGAAUCAGCUCACCCCAGCACCUGUCCACUUGCCUGGGAGUCCUGUUCACCCUGAGCCAGGACAGCACCUCACCUGAGGUCCAGACCUGGUCCCUCCACAGUCUGUCCCUGGUGGUCGAUCUGUCCGGCGGUCUGUAUCGCACCCACGCCGAGCCGUCCUUCACACUGGUGCUCCGGCUGCUGCUGUCGGCUCCGCCCACCCACCCCGAGGUUCACUACAGCCUGGGACGCUGCCUGCACGCCCUCAUCACCUGCCUGGGCCCCGACCUGCAGGGUGAUGGCGCGGCGGUGUCCGGUCUGCGCUCCAGCUGCCUGGUGGGAUGUGGAGUGAUGCAGGCCAGUCCCGACUGUCUGGUCCAGGCCAGAGCCAUUUCCUGUCUGCAGCAGUUGCACAUGUUCUCACCUCCGCACGUCAACCUGGCCAACCUCGUACCUGCCCUCUGUGAGAUCUUGUUGGAUUAUUCCAUGUUGGCCAACCUGUGCAGCUCGUACCUGUGUCUCCGUCGGGCCGUGGUGGCGUGUCUGCGGCAGCUCGUCCAGCGGGAGGCGCUGGAGGUCUCUGAGCACGCAGUGACUCUGGUCAAAGAGCUGCCGAGACGAGACAACACACAACUCGACGUCACUAUAAAGGAAGUGGGUCUGGAAGGAGCUCUGUUCACUCUGCUGGACCGGGAGUCAGAUCCAGGUCUGAGGAGGGACAUCCAGGAGACUCUGGUCCACAUGAUGACGUCCAGCGCCACCAGUGGGAAACUGGGACACUGGCUCAAACUCUGCAAAGACGUCCUGUCUGCAACCACCGACUGUCGGGCUCCAGUGGAGGCGAGUCAGGAUGAAGAGGAGGCGGACUCCAGCAGAGACGAUGACUCCUCUGCUUUCAGAGCCCGGCCCGAGUCCGGCGGCCCGUUCACGGCCCUGCGUUGGGCCACGCGCCGCUUCGCCAUGGAGUGUGUGUGUCGCAUCAUCGCGCAGUGUGAAACCGCCGACCCGGCUCACUUCGACAUGACUCUGGCUCAGGAGCGACGCCUGCACGAGUCCACCGACUUCCUCGUUCUUCAUCUUGGUGACCUGGUCCGAAUGGCGUUCAUGGCGGCUACAGAUCACAGUGACCAGCUGAGGCUGGCGGGUCUUCAGACCCUGCUGGUCAUCAUCAGGCGCUUCUCAGCCAUCCCCGAACCGGAGUUCCCCGGUCACGUGAUCCUGGAGCAGUACCAGGCAAAUGUUGGAGCUGCUCUCAGACCAGCCUUCACUGCUGACGCUCCUCCUGAUGUCACUGCGAAGGCCUGCCAGGUCUGCAGCGCCUGGAUUGCCAGCGGUGUCGUCAGUGACCUCCGUGACCUCCGACGUGUCCAUCAGCUCCUGGCCUCCUCAUUGGCUAAAGUCCAGGUCGGGAGUGACACGUCCAGCCAGCUGUACAACGAGGCCACAGCUACCAUGGAAACACUGGCCGUCCUCAAGGCCUGGGCCGAGGUUUACAUCGUGGCCGUUCAGAGGAGCAGACAGAAGGAGAGCCCUGGGAGGACGGCCGACCUGUCAGUCUCCUCUCUGGCCAAUGACAGCUCGAGCUCUGAGUCAGGAGGGGCGGGCCUCCUGAAGUUGGUCCAAUCAGAUUUGUCGACGCUGAGUCGUCUGUGGUUGGCGGCGCUGCAGGACUACGCCCUGCUGACUCUGCCACAGGAGUACGCACCACAGCUACCUGCGACAGGAGGCUCCUUCUACACAGCAGAGACCGUGAACCAGGCCAGAGCUCACUACUCCUCCUCCUGGGCUCCCGUCCUCCACGCCACCUCCCUCUGGCUGCACAGCACAGGUUUUGUGAUGUCAGACGACACACCUGCCAACCUGUCCAGACCGGCCACGCCCACCUCCAUGGGACAGACUGACUCAGUGGGCGGAGCCAAGAGUCCGGAGGACGUCAACGCCGACAGACUGCACCUCAUACUGGGGAUCAGCGUGGAGUUCCUGUGUUCUCUGCACUCCCACGACCAGAUGGAGAACAUCACGUCGUGUCUGCGAGCGCUGCGGGCGCUGCUCGACGUCUCCUGGCCCCGAGCCAAGAUCGGAAACGACCAGGCUCUGAGUGUGGAGCUGCUCAGCGUCCUCCACAGACUCAUGGUGACCAGAGAGUCGGCGUCCGUUCAGCUCGCCGUGUUGGAUCUGCUGCGACAGAUUGUGGCGGCUGCUCAGGAGCACGUGAGGGAGAAACGCCACAGCGCCGAGGUGGAUGACGGCGCGGCGGAGAAGGAGACGCUGCCAGAGUUCGGGGAGGGACGGGACACCGGCGGUUUGAUUCCUGGACGCUCGCUGGUGUUCGGAGCGCUGGAGCUCUGCCUCUGUGUACUGGUCCGGAAACUCCCACAGCUCAGCCCCAAACUGGCCGGAACCAGUCCAACUGGUCCUGGAGGUUCAGUGUGGAGUCUGACGGACAGCGACUGUCGGCUGGUGGCGUCGGCUCUGUGUGUCCUGUCUGAGCUGCCGUCCGUCUGCUCCCCCGAAGGCAGCGUGUCCAUCCUCCCCACUGUCCUCUACCUGCUGCUGGGAGUCCUCAGAGAGCUGGUCCACCUGCCCGUCACACACACAGGUGUCCCAGCCGCAGGCUCAGGGGGCGGGGCUUGUCUGGGUGUGGUGGUCCAGGCGGCUCUUCAGGCUCUGAAGUCCGUCCUGACGUCUCCGAUGAGUCGACAAGAGAAGAGUCGAGGAGCCUGGAACCUGCUGCUGAGAUCAGCUCUGAACACACUGCUGGGGCUCUGGGACACUGGGGACUCUGGCUGUGUUGUGGACCAGAUCAGCCUCCUCACAGCUCUGACCGUCUUCCUGCUGUCUGCUGGUCCUGACGUCUGUACGCUAGAGCCUCUGCACGCGCUCUGUGUGCAGCGCUUCACCACCAGUAUGGACGCCAAAGACUCGAUGGUUGUGAGUCGCUGUUAUCAGCUGAUGACGUCGGUGUUUCAGGCUCAGCCCGCCGUAGCCGUCCCGUACAUCCAGGCCCUCGGCCCGCCGCUGGUUCGAUUCCUCCAGAGGGCAGAGAGGAGUCGACCUCAGAGUCCAGAGGAGCUGCUGGGAGUCCUGGAGGGGGUCCGAGCCCUGGAGGCUCUGGUCCAGGCUGCUGACGAGUCCCAGCGCCCUCAGCUGGCAGCCAUCUUGCUUCCUCUGCUCAUCUCCUUCCUCCUGGAUGAAAACGCCCUCGGCUCGGCCCCUGCAGCGUCCCGGUCUCUCCAUGAGGCGGCGCUCAAGGACCUGAUGCGUCUCGGCCCCCAGCACUCGGCCGUCUUCAGGUCUCUCAUUGCGUCGUCUCCUCACCUCAAGUCUCGUCUGGAAGCCGCCGUCAAGGGAAACCAGGAGAGCCUGAAUGCUAAAGCUAGUGGCGCUAACCCUGCCACCCGCAGCGCCGCCAAGUCCUCCCCCAGCAUCACACUCAAAACCAACUUCCUGUGAGAUGAGCCGACCGCAGAUCAGCAGCACCGAGGUCGAUCUCCUGGAGCCCGUGCUGCGUUCACUGUCCCCCGGGACAAAUGCUACUGCAUGAAGUCAAUUGGGCGUAUCGCUAACCUGCAGGAAAAACAACUGUUAUGACAUCAUUUCCUCUUUCACUAAAGAGAAGAGGAUCUUCUGUUGUUCAGGGCGACGAUCAUAAACUUCCAAACACUCCACGCUGCACGUCACUAAAUCACACAUCAUAUCAUUGAGGCGUAAUGAUUUCACAUAUCACGUCUGCGUGUCCUUGAACGCAGCUUCAUCCUCCACCUGAAACAGUUGGUUCAUCUUUUGGCAAAAGAAUUUUUUCUGAAUCUGAAACGCUGCUGUUUCUGACGUCAAGAACGAACCUUCAGCUUAAUCAAUAACAAUUAUAACAACUGAUUAAUCCAUCAAAGUUAUUGAUCAGAUAUACAACGUGAUGUUCUGCAGCUUCAGCUUCUCCAGUCUGACAGGAUUUACAGACUGAAUUUCUGUGUGACUCAGCUGUUGUUCAGACAGAGGAUAAAUGUUGCGUUCAGGGGCCACAGCUUACAAUUAAAAUCAUCAGUUCAGAGUCUGCCUGUGUCUGAACAACAGUCCAGAGACCAGAGAGUUCAGUUAACGUGAAGACAGGAAACCAGACCACGUCACGUUAGAGAAGCUGGAACCAGAAAACUCUGCUUCAGUUUUUACAUCAUCAGUUCUUCUGUUGCUCAGUGUAAGGAAGGAUGUUUACCUGCAGCAGGUAAUAGGAAACUGUUUUAACUUUAGGUCUUAUUUCAUAUCAGACAUGACGAGUAUGAGGAACCUGAUCCUGAUCCUGAUCCUGAUCCUGAUCCUGAUCAGUUCAGAAAGCUGUAAAUCUUAAAUCGUAAGUUCUUCCACAGGAGAUGACGAUGACGAGUUUCGUUUUUUUAGGAUGAAAAUCAUCAGUUUUAAUGAUCUUAUCACCUAUUUUUUAUGUUUUAUUUUAACGUGUUAUUCUGUUCUAGUUCUUCUGAGAAUCCAGAGAAUGUGAAGAACUUCGAUUUAUCAGCUCAACUCACUGACAGAUCAAAGUUUUCAGCUCCGUCACACUGAGACCAGAUCAAUGAUUUUAACAAACAGGAAGGAACGUGGCGUUUGUUUUACUAAACAGGGAAGUUUGAAUGUUUGAAAGAUGAACUUGAGUUUUAUUUUUCCAGAAGUGGAUGUGUCGUGUUUUGGAAACAUGAUACAUGACAAAGUUUAAAGCUCCAUAUUUUCUUCUUCUGUGUUUUAUUUGAAGUGUUGAUCCAU